AUGGCUGCCGCUUUGACAGGCUACGAGGACCAUCGAGAAGCUGUCCAAGAAGUCUCCAGGAAGGUCAAAGACUUCCACGCCGCAGAGAUUCCAUUCCGCAUCUAUCAUGGGUCUACCAACAGUACUCGCACAUCGCCUUUCCGCGAAGGCAACUUCGUCAACAUCAGCAAGAUGAACUCCGUGCUGGGCGUCGAUCCCGAACGAAGGCUUGUCUAUGCCCAGCCCAACGUGCCGAUGGAUGUCUUGGUCGAACAUACAUUGCAGCACGAUUUGCUUCCGCCAGUUGUCAUGGAGUUUCCUGGUAUUACUGUCGGCGGCGGCUUCUCAGGUAGUUCAGGUGAAAGCAGCUCGUUUCGCUACGGACUCUUCUAUCGAACUGUCGAAGAAGUGGAGAUGGUCUUGGGCAAUGGCGAAGUCGUGACUGCGUCGGACACCACUCGAUCGGACUUGUUCCAUGGAGCGGCGUGUUCGUUUGGGACACUAGGAAUUGUCACACUAUUGACGAUUCGACUCAUUCCAGCACAGUCAAAUGUCGAAUUGACAUAUCUGAAAGUCGACAGCAUGGAGCAAGCUAUGGAGACCGUGAAAUUGGUGCAAGAACAACAAGACCUGCACUACCUUGACGCGAUGUUCUUUGCACGCGAUAGAGGUGUCCUGUGUCUCGGCAAGCUCGUGUCGAACAUCGAUGCUGAUGCCAAAGUGACAAGGUAUUUCAGGCCGCGAGAUCAGUGGUUCUACAUCAACGCCGAGAAUCGAAGUAUCAAGGAGAGGUCUUGGACCGAGAUCAUACCGAUUCGCGACUACCUCUUCCGUUACGAUCGAGGAGCUUUUUGGAUGGGUAAAUAUACCUAUCGCUAUUUCGCUGUACCCUUCAACCGUGUGAGCCGCUGGUUACUGGAUCAAUAUUCUCGCACGCGACUUAUGUAUCAUGCACUGCACCGAAGUGAUCUUGCUCGGGAGUAUGUUGUCCAGGAUGUCGCCGUUCCAUACAGCAAAGCCUCGAACUUCUUUGACUAUCUGGACCAAAAUUUCAAGCAAUACCCAAUCUGGCUCUGUCCGCUACGCGUGGGAGGGGACUCGAAUGGGACGACACAGGGCCUCCUCGCCGACUCAGCAUCCACUUCUCCCACGGAAGACAUGAUGAUGUCUUUUGGAAUCUGGGGUCAAGGUUCUACAGAUCCUGCACAAGCCAUUGCUUGGAACAAAGCACUGGAGUCUGAGAUCCAAGCUUGUGGGGGGCAAAAGUGGCUGUACGCUCACACAUUCUACACUGAAGAGCAAUUCUGGCACAUAUUCGAUCGCCGAGGACGAGAUCAACUGCGUGCCAAAUACCAUGCUUCGAAGUUGCCGAAUCUUUACGAGAAGGUCAAGCCUGUCGACAAGUAUGAUGAGAGAUUGCCCUUCGACAAGGAGACAUGGAUCGGCAAGGCUUUGCAUUCCGUCUGGGACGUGUGGCCUGUGAAGGGCUUGUAUGGCUGGUUGCAAUGCAUUGUUGCAGCUGAAUACUUGUUACCGACUGCAGCGUCGAGACCUGCUCCACCCGAAAUUUCGCGGGAAGCUCAUAGACGGGACUCUGCACAUGGAGGAAGCGAUGCAUUUGCCUCAUCGGGCGAGCAUAGCAUUAAGCAGGACUGA